UGCAGGGAGACCAACAACAACAACAACAAAACAAAUGCUUUUUGCUAGUCAAAUUAAGAAUACAUUUCAAAGUGGUCGAUUUUGAAGAUAUGUUUGAUGCUAGAAAGGCAGUUACUGUCUGUUCGAGUAGUUAACAAGAGUGGUUUCAUGCAUGCCUCAUGUGACCCGCCUUCGAGCAGCAGGGGCAAUAAACGGAAACCGAAACUUAAUUCUACUGGAGAAACAGUUCAAUGAAAACAACGUGAGUCGCUUUUGAAUACCAGCCCGGCCCGCAGAGCUCAAGAUGGGCUCGGAUCAAUAUCGAUCACCGCACAAAAUCAAUUGUGUAUUGUGCAAGAAAUCAGACGAAGACGAAAUCACUGGACCUCUCUCAUCCAAACAGAACAUCUCCGCACACCAGAACUGUUUGUUGUUUGCAUCAGGGAUCUACUGCAAGAACUCGCCCACCUAUGAUGACCUGUUUGGAUUCGAUGUAAAAGAUGUAAUGCAAGAGCUGAGGAGAGGAAAGAGGCUACUUUGCCACCACUGUAAUAAAAAUGGGGCUACAGCAGGAUGUGAAAACAAGAGAUGUAGGCGUUCUUACCAUUAUCCUUGUGCUAUAGAGGCCAAAGCUGAAACCAUUGAAGAUCAUAUUGAAGGCAGUUAUAAACUGCUCUGUGAAUUACAUGAUUCAAAAUCCAAAGGCACAAGUUCAUUCAAUUUGCAAGAGGCCUCAACGUCUGGUCUCAGUGGCUCUAAUAAGAAACGAAAAUCAGCAAACAGUCAUGGACGAAGAAGGCCUGACAGGAGUGAAUCUAAUUCAUCUACAGGGUCAUCAGAAGUGAGUUUGUCCAGAAAGAAAAAGAGGAAGUCACCAGAUUUACUUACUUCUCAACAGUUUUCAGAGUCUGAUGAUGACGUUGAACUCGUGUUUGCUCCAGUAGAGUCAGAUGUAGAAGAGUGUACACCUCCAAAACAGCACAAUCAUUCAACUCCUGACCCUGAACGUAAAGGGCCACGUGAAGAACUCAAUUCAUCAGCCACAGGUUCAUUGAAUGGGGGCUUAACGUCUGAUCAGAAGGCUUGUGGAUCAGCAGACAAUCCAGGAGAGUUGCAUGGCAGGAGCACAUCUGAUUCACCAACACGCUCACCAGAAUUGGAAACACCCAGAAGAAAAAUUAAGAAAUGCAUUGUAUACUCAGAUGACGAAAGUCCCGUCGGCACUGACCCUGUAGUAGCUCCUGUAGCGUCAGAUCUGGAGGAGUCUGUGCUUCCAAAACAGCCCAAUCAGUCCACUCCUGUGCCUGAAAAUACAAGGCCCUGUGAAAAACUCAACCUAUCAACCACAGGAGAAGAUGAUGAUGACACUGACAUUGAAUCAGAAGUGUCUCAGAGUUUGUUACAAUCAGAAAGAUAUCAUACCACUGUUCCAUUUAUCGUUAUUUUGGACUCGGGAUUCUCAGCAGAAUCAGAGCACAGUCUAGAACUUGGUUCACCUGUCAGUGCUGCCCCAGAGGCUGUUUGCACCUCACCUGGUUCUGUCGCAGCCCCUGAACAUGAGGAAACACCAUCCACAAGUAGAACCUCCCCGGCGCCCAGAGCUCCACCCACUGACACAGUCUCACCAGGGCAACCAGAGUCACCUCAGCAUUCAAAGCUAAUGGUGGUAACAACCGCUGUACAAACACUCUCAGCAUCUGACUUCAACAUCAAGCAGCAAUCAGAACCUUCUCCUCCUGCUGGGGUGUCUACAUCACCAGAUCUGGCCGCUGCAUCAGAUGCUAUUGAUGUAAAUAGCACAGGAGACACCCAGUCCAAUGCCACCAUAUUCUGGACUAGAUGCAAUCAGGCUGGGUGGACUAAAGAAAUCUUCUCGGAGCUUGUAUCUCAGCUGAGCAGCCUGGGAGAAAGAGUACAAUCACAGGAAGCCAGCCACCAAGACUAUGAUGUUGCUCUCAAACUGCUGGAGGCAUCUGGACAGCUACCUUCCAUUAUUACUCAGCUGGAACAAGACUUGGAGAAGCAGGAACAAGAUUUGCAGAGGAAAAAAACAGCACUGAGGGAUGCCAGAGCUGUACUGGGUGUUUAAUAUAACAAUAUAAUCAUCAACUCUAUAGUAGUAUUAAUAGGUUUUAUCAUUCAAAAAAACUUUACUUUACUUUAAAUGAUAAUAUAAUACAAUACCUGCUUCAAAAAGUCUUUUACACUUUUUUUAUAUUCAAGUGAUGCCACUGUUUAUACUGUAUGUUUACAAAACAGUAUUUGGUUUAGUUUGUUUUUAAAUAAAGGUUUCAUCACUGACAGAAAUCUCAUGAAAUAUACCUGGUAUAUAAUUUUGAUAUUAUCAUUCUUAUGUUCUCAUUCUCUAAAUACAUACCUGCAAAAUUCUGAUAAAUCUUUUUUAUGAUACCCUGACAGCAACAUAAUGUCGGCCCAGAUCUAGCCCACAUCCGGGGCUUGAAUCAUGAUGGUAGUUGAACAAACUCAUGGUUGUAGGAUUAGUUUUGAGUUGACAAAACCAAACCACUCCAAUCCGGCUUUGUUGGUACCAUGAUGCUUAUCAUCAACUUUCUCUGUCAACUCAGGCUUUGAUCCUGAGUUGAAGGAGCAUGUGCACAUGAAUGUGUGACAUCAGUGGUGAACAGCCAAUCAGAUGCUUUGAAACAGAGAUUCACUUCUCGCACGAUUCAAAACUCUUUUACUGAAAGUUAAGAGAUUGAAGAAAAUGAAGUAUUUAAAUUCAUUUACACUGACGAAUAUACUAAUUUAUUUAUUUUUUUUGCUAUAUAGUGACCUUUAAUUUGGAGGAGGAGAAACUGGGGGAGUGACUUUAUUGCACUGGAUGUGUCAGUGUCACAUUGCUCACAUCUGAUUGGCCCAAUUUCGGUUUGAGAUCUCUAAACCAGAACAUAACCUGCCCCGGAGCAGGUUAGGCCAUGGAGCGUAAGUUACUAUGGUGAUGAACACUGCUAAAAGCCAAGUCACUUUCAUGGUACCUAAAACCCAGGAUUGGUUCAAACUAAUCUGAAAUUUACCUGGGUAGCCAGCUAAUCCGGCUUCAUGGUACAGGCCCCUGGUCUGUGUGUAAUCCACAUGUAUCAGAUGUGGGCCGGAUCUGGGCCACAUUAUGUUGCUGUCUGGGUAGCCACCAUUUAAAUGUUUAUAAUACAAAAAAACAAAAAAAAUGCAGAAACAUAAUUAUAUUAUUAAAAUAUUUUUAUAUAAUGUACCAACUGGGUUUCCCUGUAAAUUUUACAGAAUUAGCGUCAAUAAAUGUUUUUUUUUUUUUACUUGAA